GUCUUUUGUCGAUUUCUGGUAAAAUUUCUUGUGAUCUCCCCUGGUCUCCAGCUUUCCAGUCUUUCGAUGAUUCUGAUGAAAUUUCUUGUGGUCUUCUGGCUUUUAUGGUCUUUCGACAAUUUUCUGGUGAAAUUUCUUGUGGUCUUUCUGGUCUUUCGUCGAUUUCUGGUGAAAUUUCUUGUGAUCUCCCCUGGUCUUCCGGCUUUUUG